AUGCCCAAGAUCGCUAUCAUCAUUGUGGGUAAGCAUCAUCAUACCCGGUUCCAUCCCGCAACAAAAGGCAAAGCCGACACCGUGAGCGACUGGAACCCUCCGAACAGUACGGUCGUCGACAGAGGAAUCACAAUGGAGCGUCGUUGGGAUUUCGAAACACAAGCACAUGCGGCUUUGGAAGGCACCGUCAGUGACAGAUCAAUACCCGCUUUCUAUGACCAAGUCGAGCGAUUGACUCACUGGUUGUGCCGUCUCUAUUGCCGAGCCACCAAGGCCGCUUCGAUCUGUCCUCCCGCUUACCAUGCGGAUCGCAUCUGCGCCCGCGGGCGAUGCUUUCUCAAUGAAUGCCUCGACAGAGAAUGGCCCAAGGAUCAAAAGUUCCAGAUCAAAAUGGCGCUUUGGACGCAAGGAGUCCACGAAGAGUAG